AUGAUGCAAGUCAUUGACCACAAUAAUCAAAUCAUCAGCACUCCAUCCUUCAUGACAGUACACACUGGCUCUUGUCGAUGUGGAAAUUUACGUUUCUCUGUGAAAGACAACUCGACUGAGUAUCGUUCAUUGUGUCAUUGUAGACAUUGUCGACUUGCGACGAGUGCUCCUGUGUCCAUGGUGAUUGGAGUUUCAAAAGACCAUUUCGAAUGGACUCAAGGUGAAGAAACUUGGUUACGAAUUGCUAAAAUUUCAGACCAAAUGGAUGUCUAUUAUUGUGGACAUUGUGGUGGACAUGUGGCUCAGGGAGGUUUGAAUUAUCCAUUUGUGAGUACCUUUGCUUGUGUCUAUGAUGAAAUGAAACAAGAAUUUUGUCCGAGGGAUCAAGUGUUGAAAAAGGAAGUUGAUCAAGUGACUAAGCAAUUUUUCACACCAGAGUAUCAUGUGAAUUAUGAGAAUCGAGUGAUUGACAUUCCAGAUGAUUUGCCCAAGUAUAUGGAUUUUCCAUCACCCAUUGGUUCAGGAAGAAUGUACCUUUCGGAUGAAAAUGUUCAUUCAAAUGUUUAA